AUGGAGGCGGUGGUGGCGUGCGACAUGGCCGCCAUGGACUUCAACGCGCUCUCCCGCCGCGAGCUCCAGGCGCUCUGCAAGCUCAACGGCGUCCGCGCCAACAUGACCAACCUCGCCAUGGUCGAGGCCCUCCACUCCCUCCCCUCGGUGGACGGGAUCGACCAGAUCGGCACCACGCUCUGCCUCCCGACCCCGGGCAAGUCGGCGAUGAAGUCGGCCCUGCGGACCGCGCCGGCGUCAGACCAGCAGCAGCCGCAGCAAGGGAGCCCGCUCCCCCGCGGUCGGCGCGUGUCCCUCAAGUCGCCGGAGGCCUUCCAGACGGACCGCGAGCGGGGUCUCGUCAAGGAGAUCGUCAGGACCCCCGGCGUGGCGCUGCGCAGCACCAACCGCCGCCCGCGCGCCACGCCCGCACCCACCCCGACCCCAGCGACUCUGCGGAGGAGCCAGCGGUCCACGGCCCGGAAGGCCGCGGCGCCGGUGGAGGUCGACGUGGCGACUGCAAGGAGGUCCGCUAGGAAGACGGCGAAACUGAACAUGGCGAUUGAUUUUGACCAGGAGGAUGAUGAAGCAGAGAACGCGCAGGGAGUAGAAGAGACCAAGGGUGCUGCUUCUGAUGGCCCUGAGGAGGAGGAGGUUAUUACAAAGCUUAUGGAAGGAAACAACGAAGCGGAUGAACCAGAGCAGGGUGAGGAAGUGGCUUCUUCUGUUGCGCCGAUUGAAUGUGCUGACAAGAGCUGUGAUGAUUCCAAGGUGGAGGAAGCUGUGGAAGAACCUACCAAGCUCCAGGAAGUUGUUUCUUUUGUUGCGCUGAUUGAAUCUGCUGAAAAGAGCUGUGAUAAUUCUAAGGUGGAGGAAGUUGUGGAAGAGGCUACCAAGCCCCAGGAAGGAGCUGCAAUUGGGGAAGAACAGAUGCUUGUCAACAUUAAGGAGUCAGUCAUGGAAGAUUCACCAAUCUUCGGCGUCCUUUCCAAGGUGGCACCUGAAACAGCCAUGAAGAACUUUGAAAAUGCCUCAACUGAGGGCUUUGGUAGCUGGUCACCUGUGUUGGAGAUAGCUGAUGAGAUCAACUGUGCCAGUGAAGAUAAGGAAGAUGCUGCCGUUGAAGUGCCCAAGGAAGGCGUCAAGGAAGAUGCUACCAGUCCCACCUUUGAGGCGGCUGAUGCUGAUAGCAAGAUUAUCCUAGCCGAUGUGACAGAAAAGGAAGUCGAUGCUGAUGAGCUGCCUCAGGCUGAUACAACAGACGAUGAGAGUGCUGAGGAAUAUGGCCGCAAUGGAAAGAGCAGUGAUGAAACUGACCUCACUGAAGAGAGUAGCCAGGAGGAUGGCCUUGAUGAGGAUGAGGAUGCCAGCGAAGAUAAUGAAGUUGAUUUCAGUCCCAGCGCUGAGGCUGAUGAUGCACCUAACAAGAUGACCCCAGCUGCUGUGACAGAGAAGAAAGUCGCUGCUGAUGAGUUACCACAGGUUGAUCCAAUAGAAGAUGAGAGUGAAAGUGACCUCACUGAAGAGAGUAGCGAGGAGGAUGAGGAUAUGGAGAAUGUUAACCUGACAGUCGAUGGAGAGAGUGAUGAGACCAUUGAGGCGAGCAACUCCACUGAAGUGAACUUUGAUUCAGAUGAAGAAGAGGAGCUCGAGAUGCUUGAGAUAGGUGAAGAAAUGAAGGAUUAUGACCCUCUCACUGGAGAGGAAGAUGAUUUCAGCGGUGAUCUGUCAUCAGAGUUUGACAGUAUUGAUUUUAGUGAUGCUGAAACUGAAAGCAACAGCUCUCCUGUGGCACUGGAGGGAAUCCACGCUGCUGCUCCCUCGUCUGCAGCCAAGAAUGUUGACUCUACCAUCACUGAAGAUAUAGUAUCCAGCGAGGGGGAUGAGGUUUCUCAGCACGUGGAGACCACUGUCGAGUCCUUGGAUAAGGUCGCCAGCACAGAGGCUAAGAAAGAAGAGUGUGCAAAGGAGAAGAAGCAGGUGAACGUCGGAGAGGGAAUGAGCCUAAGGAAGCUUAAAAGCGCUUACAAGGAGAGCCUUAUUGCUGCCAAGGAAGGGAAGAAGCUGACCAUCGAUGCCGACGAAGGCACCAGGGCGGUGCUUGCGGAGCUGGACGAUAACGCUAAAUGCUGAUCGCGGCAAGUGUUCACAAGAUCCAUCAUGCAUCUGCUGGGACUGAAUAAAGGAGAGAGGGAGCUCUAGUUGUGAAGUGAUAACGAAGGCUUUGCUCUUUUUUUUUCAUUUCCAAAUGCUGCGGUGGAGCGAAUGCUCAAGUUUUCGUGUGUGUGUAGAGAGCAUCUGGUUGUUGAAACCAUGGUUUCUCUGAACCAACCUGCUGUUCGUGUGGGUUCUCUCCCACCUUUUUUUCGUUCUUCCGGUCAUUUGGUGUCAGUUCCGUGGUAUGUCGAAUGCAUAUGGAUUACUACAAGGGGUUGACCAAACUGUGCCUUGUUAAUCGUAUACAUGGAUAUUAGCAA